ACCGGACCUGCGUGGCGGCGGAGGGCCCUUUAAGGGGUGGGGCCGGAUGCUCUAGCGCCGCCUCCUCGAUUGACUCCGCGCCAGCCGCGCAAGCGAGCGCCUCGGCCAAGCGCUUUUCUCUUCCCUUCGCGACCUUUUUCCCCCCGGUGACCCCGGAAGUGGAAGUAGGCGGCUGUAGCGGGGACGGAAGGCGGAAGCGGAGCGUGAGCGGGAGGCGGAGCCGGGGGAGCUGCUCCUGUAGCUCCCCCUGGCAGCUCCCCCUGGAGCAGCUCCCCCUGGCCUCAGGCGCAGCUGCUUGAGGAGGGAGGAGUUACCGCCGCUGCUCGGCAAUGAUGGCAGUGACCUAAAAUCCUCAGGAAGUCCCGGGGUCAUGGCCCAGAAGCACCCGGGAGAAAGAAGGUUGUGUGGAGCCCACCGCAGUGGUGGUUCCUCCCUCAGUACAUCAGGAUCCUCUGUGGACCCCGAAAUACUUUCAUUCUCAGGACUCAGGGACUCAGCAGAGACUGCUCCUAAUGGUACACGAUGCCUCAAAGAGCACUCCGGCCCUAAGUACACACAAUUGGUGGGAGAGUAUGUGGAAACCUGUGGCCAUCUCAUUUACGCAUGCAGGAAGCUGAAAGGCAGUGACCUGGACCUUUUUCGAGUCUGGGUGGGGGUCUGGGCCAGGAGACUGGGGGGCUGGACCCGCGUGACGUUCCAGUUUCUAAGCCAGAGCUUCUUCUGUGUGGCGGGGCUGCUCAUCCGUAUUCUUAGGGUAGUGGGUGCUUUCCUCCUCCUGGCUCUUGCCCUCUUUUUGGGAUGUCUACAGUUGGGCUGGAGGUUUUUGGUGGGACUGGGCAACCGGUUAGGCUGGAGGGAUAAGACCGCCCGGCUGUUCUCUUGGCUGGGUUCUCCAGCCUUGCAUCAUUGCUUGACUCUGCUGAAAGAUAGCAGGCCAUGGCAGCAGCUGGUAAGGUUAAUACAGUGGGGCUGGCAGGAGCUGCCCUGGGUCAAGCAGAGGACUAAGAAACAGGGCAAUGCACCAGUAGCUAGUGGNCGAUACUGCCAGCCUGAAGAGGAAGUGGCCCGACUCUUGACCAUGGCUGGGGUUCCUGAAGAUGAACUAAACCCUUUUCAUGUGCUGGGGGUUGAAGCUACAGCCUCUGACACUGAACUAAAGAAGGCCUAUAGGCAGCUAGCAGUAAUGGUCCAUCCUGAUAAAAAUCACCAUCCCCGGGCUGAGGAGGCCUUCAAAAUUUUGCGGGCAGCUUGGGACAUUGUCAGCAACCCAGAGAGGCGGAAGGAAUAUGAGAUGAAACGAAUGGCAGAGAAUGAGCUCAGCCGGUCAGUGAAUGAGUUUCUGUCGAAGCUACAAGAUGACCUCAAGGAGGCAAUGAACACGAUGAUGUGCAGCAGAUGCCAAGGAAAGCAUAGGAGGUUUGAAAUGGACCGGGAACCCAAGAGUGCCAGAUACUGUGCUGAGUGUAACAGGCUGCAUCCUGCUGAGGAAGGAGACUUCUGGGCAGAGUCGAGCAUGCUGGGCCUCAAGAUCACCUACUUUGCACUGAUGGAUGGAAAGGUGUAUGACAUCACAGCAUUAUGA